GAUGUCUCUCGGAGAUUUACUUUAGCCAGUAAGAUCGACUGGACGAUAAUACCUUCUGCAAUAUAAUCACAAACGGAUAUACAAAGUGCUAUAUUCUUCUGCACGUGCUCUGUACGUACGUAUUUUUCGAAUAUCGGACUCCGCAAAUCGCAGACAUUCUCUGAAAGGUCCUGUUUCAUCCAAGAAGCACGGGUGAUAUAUUACUACAUCUGUUUGGCUGAUGGUGUGUUUGAGUUAUACACGCUCCACCGUUUUGGUGCAAUGUGGCUUACUGUUACCAAGGUUCUCACGAGUCAGAAUAGAACCAUCAUGGGAAUAAGGACAGCUGAGAAGUGCUAUCAGUUCUUCUCGAUCGCAGGUAUCACAGGUAUAUGUGGUAUAAUUAUACCUGGAGAUCAAUCGGGCCGGCCGCACGAACUGACCUGUGCGACACUUUUUUUAAACCCAAGCCGCGGAGCAUUCUCCGGCAAUAAUACCGGUCGAUAAAUGUCCAAACUGUCUGAACCUGGAACAUCUCUAGCCGAAGAGGA